AUGCUGCCCGCCGCCCGCGCGCUGCCGCCGCGCCUGCCCCGCCGCCGCCCGCCGCCCGCCUGGCGCUGGGGCGCGGCCGGGCCGCCCGCCGCCGGCCUGCGGGCGCUGGGCACGGGCCGCGCGCGGCGCUCGGAGGCGCUGGCCGGGGCGCCGCUGGACACGGCCGCCAAGGAGUACUCGCCCAAGGUGCGGCAGCUGGUGCGGGACAUCGCGGGGCUGACGCUGCUGGAGGUGGCCGACCUCAACGCGCUCCUCAAGGAGACGCUGAAGAUCCCGGACGUGGGGGUGAUGCCGGCGGCUGCCUCCCUCCUGCCCUCCCAGGCGGCUCCGCAGGAGGAGGAGGAGGAGGUCCCGCUCAAGAAAGAGAAAACGCAUUUCACUGUCCGGCUGACGGAGCUGAAACCUGCUGACAAGGUGAAGCUGAUCAAGGAGGUGAAGAACUUCGUGCCGGGAGUGAACCUCGUGCAGGCAAAGAAGCUGGUGGAGUCCCUUCCGCAGGAGAUCAAGGCUAACGCCUCCAAGGAGGAAGCAGAGAAGAUCAAAGCGGCGCUGGAGGCAGCAGGAGGGACUGUGGUUCUGGAGUAGGCGACCCCCUCUCGCCGCGGAGGGACUGGCGCGAUGGCAGCCUUCCCCGCUGCCGCCCACCCGGGCGCCGGCCGCUGCCUGAGCCGGGGUCCGGACGUUUCCGAGUGUGAGACGUCCCCUAGCCGUGCGGUGGGAAUGCUCUCUCGAAGCGAUCUGGUGCGAGAAUGCUGUACGGUUUGGUGGGGCUGCUGUCUAGUUCCGGCAUUGCAAUGGACUCUACCUUCAUAAAUGUCCAAAAAAACCCUGUAAAACGGUUAAUCUCUCAAAAGUCA